AUGGCAGGUUUUGAGGGCCACCCCAAGACAGGGAGCAGGUAUAUCGUGCAAGAUGUGGAAGAUCAACUACCCCCACAUGCAGGUCCAUCUAGGGACAUAAUCCCUGACGAUGGCCAGAUCGUUACCCAGCGUGAGCGCCAAAGUCUGAUUCGGGGCCUCGGCCAGCGCCAUAUUCAGAUGAUUGCUAUAGCGGGUGCAAUUGGAACUGGUCUCUUUCUCGGUCUUGGUGGGUCAAUUGCUACUGGCGGUCCGCUGGGUGCUCUUCUGGGCUACAUGUUUGUUGGUAUAAUUGUCUGCUGCAUUCAAUUUGCCCUGGGUGAGGUCUCGUCACUACUUCCAGUCACUGGAUCUUUUGUCCGACAUGCAGAGGUCCUUGUUGACCCGGCACUUUCAUUCGCGAUCGGAUGGAACGUCGUGUACGGAUGCUUUAUCAGUGUUCCGAGUGAAAUCUCCGCCAGUGUAGUCCUGAUCCAGUACUGGACAGACAUCAAUGCAGCCGUGUGGGUGACUAUCCUUAUCGUGGUCUCUGUGGUUGUCGCUAUUUCGUUCAUCCGCGUCUAUGGUGAGAUUGAGUUUAUCUUUGCUAUAUUAAAGAUCCUCCUCGUCAUCUUUGUGGUUAUUCUGGGUCUUGCCAUUGACCUCGGUGGUGUGUCAGGUGUCCCGCGAAAGGGUUUCCAUUAUUGGAAAGAUCCUGGUCCGUUCGUCGAGUACAUCGCCAACGGUUCUUGGGGCCACUUCCUUGGCUUCUGGGCUGUCAUGACGAACGCCGUGUACUCAUUCGCCGGAGUGGAAUCCCUCGCCAUGGCCGCUGCUGAAACAAGGAACCCGCGCCAAAAUAUUCCAAAGGCCUGUAAGAGGGUCUUUGCCCGGGUCUCCAUUUUCUAUCUCGCUGCCGUGCUCAUUGUGGGCAUGUUGGUUUCCAGUGCGGAUGAACGUCUUGGUAACGACUCUGGUACGGCGGCAACGAGUCCAUUUGUCAUCGCUGCUGGUGAUGCAGGAAUCAAGGCUAUUCCAUCCGUUGUGAACGCUGUCUGCUUGACAUCUGCGUGGUCAGCUUCCAACCAGAGUAUCUUGGCCGGAACAAGAACUCUCUACGGUCUUGCCAUUAAGGGCCAUGCUCCUAAGAUCUUCCUGCGGACUAGCAAGUGGGGAGUACCAUACAUGUGUGUGCUGCUGCAGAUUCUUUUUUCUCUUCUCGCCUACAUGUGCGUCUCUAAUGGUGCCAUGAAUGUUUUCUGGUGGUUCGUUGAUUUGACGGCUGCUGGUACUUUGGUGUCGUGGAUCACCAUCGCGCUGAACCAUAUUCGUCUCUUGCAAGCAAUGGAUAAGCAGGGCAUUCCUGCUACAGCUUUGCCAUGGCACAACCGGAUUACUAGAUACACCAGCUGGUUCGCGUUGAUCUCUUGCGUCAUCAUCCUGCUGACAGGAGGAUUCGUGGUCUUCACUAAAGGAAACUGGGAUCCGGCCUCGUUUGUGUCAUCCUAUCUCGAUAUUCCUCUCGUUCUCCUUGCGUACGGGGGCUACAAACUUAUUCGUCGGACUAGAAUCAUACCGCUAAGCCAGGUGCCAGUGCAGCUGGCAAUCGACGAAGCAAAUGAGGACCCGGAAAAUGUGCCAAUCAAGAAAGAUAGUAUCUGGGCGAAGAUGAACAUCCUUUGGGGUUGA